AUGCAAGCGACGCACUCGCGCGGCCCCGCCGCACGGGCCGCCCGGGCCGUUGCUGCCCUGCUGCUCGUGCUGCCGGUGCUGCUGGCAGUGUUGGCAGGGCGCGGCGCUGACGCGCACGGCGACAUCACCUACCCCAAGGCGCGCCAGGUUGUUGCCAACGAGCUGGGGGUCGGCAACGUCGGCGGCUGCCCACACUGCAUGCAGGGGGGCCGUGCGGGCGCGCAGCCAGACAUCUGUGGAGCCCCAGGCCAGGGUGGCCAGGAUGUCACGAGCCUCUACUUUGGCCCGCAAGCCACGCUUUCCGCCGGCCAGGUUGUCAACUUCGGCCUGUACAUCAACGCGCAGCACGGGGGCCGGCACUGGUUCAGCGUCUGCCCCCUGCCGCGCCAGCAGGCCACACAGGCGUGCUUUGACAAGCCGGAGCACCAGCUCGUCAGGGCUGACGGGUCUUACGGGGACGGCAAGCGCUACUACUACAUGCUGGGGAGCGGGUGGGGCGGCAAGGAGGGAGACUACGUCUUGAAGUGA